AGCGUUGAGAUAGCCUAAUAGGACAUGAGCCUACUUUUAGCUUUAUUUUUACUUUAGUAAACAUUUUCCGAAUGAGUUUUAGGUUACUGUGAUAGUGUUAACUCUUCUUUAACAGAGAAACAAGUAGUUUUGUAAUAAAUGGUCCCAUUUGAAGUAAAUCAGACAGUUGAAAGGGUAGCCUUUGCUGUAAAUGCACCACCAACUUCAACCGCACUCUGAGACACUCUACAUUUCUCUAGACAGCUGAACAUUUCUCAGCUGGCACCUGUGUGAUCCUUUGCAUCAGUGCUAUCUUCCUGUCCUUGGCCAACAUCGAGUCGGCAAUCGUGGCUUUCCGCACCCUGUAUGUGCUGGCGGUGAAGCUCUACCCCUCUGACAAGAGGCAGGAAAUAUAGGCAGGCCCUGAAAAGUGGAGAGUCCAUUGCUCAGCCUUUGGAGGAGUCAGUGCGCCCUCAGGUGAAGGUGAGCAGAAAUUACAGGAUUGAUUGGCAUCCUAGUGUUGAGCAAGAGCAGGCAGGAACAGGCUGAAUUCUGCAGCCCAGAUCUGACUGAACAUGGAAACAGACAAGAAAAAUGUGAUCCUGAGGGAAGGAUUCCUCGUCAAGAGGGGUCACCUUGUGCACAACUGGAAGGCUCGUUGGUUUGUGCUGAUGCCAGACAAGCUGCUGUAUUUCAAGUUUGAAGGAGGAAAAAGAGACUCAUGUCAGCGAGGGAAAAUCCUCCUAAAGGACUGUGAGAUAACGAAUCCUUUUCUGGAGCAUGAAAACCGACCGCUGGUGUUUAAGAUCCGCACAAAGAACAAGGUGGAUCAUUUUUUGGAGGCUUGUUCACGUGAGGAGAGGGAUGAUUGGGCGAGUGACAUCACAGCUGUGGUUGAUAAACUGGGGACAGCUGAAGGUGGGAAGGUACCGGACCAGGAGGACCAGACUGAAUCACAACUGCACAACAUCAACCUGAGUAAAGUGUUGGACGCCAUGUACGACGUCCACAGUGGGAUUAAGAUGAGCAACCAUGUGGAGCAAGGCAGCACCUACAGCAACUGUUUCUCUGGUUCAGCGGUUAUAGACUGGUUGGUGUUCAUGCAGCUGGCUCUGACCCGUGUAGAGUCCAUGACCCUGGCCUCGGCCCUGCUGGAGGAGGGUUUCCUACGGACUGUCGGCAUGAGGAGCGUGGAGGCUCUCCGCACCGCCGGUCUUAGUGAGCUGUUCAUGGAUGACUCGACGGCACUGUAUAGCUUUUCUGACAAUCUAAAGAAGAGAGGUUGUGUGAAGGCUGAAACAUCACUGUCUGCUGUGGAGCUGAGUGGAAAAGUGAUAAAGAGAGGAUAUCUGCUAAAACAGGGACACAGGAGGAAGAACUGGAAAGUGCGAUUGUUCGUGCUGCGAUCAGAGCCGGGGUUCCUUCACUACUAUGAUCCCACCAAGGAUGACGUCAGCCCCGUCGGCGGUUUUUCACUAAGAAGCUGUCUGGUUUCCUCUCUGGACGAUAACGGUGUUCCCUCAGGUGUGAAAGGGAACAUUCAAGGUAACCUGUUUAAAAUCAUCACCCAGUCAGACGUUCAUUACUUCAUCCAGGCUCCGACCCACCAGGAGAAGAUGGACUGGAUCGAUGCCAUCAGAGAGCACACAUAAAACUUCAUCCACCAUAAAGAAGAGUGAAGAUACAUAUUCCAUGAAUGUUUUUACUGUAGCACAAACCAGGAAAUGCACUUUAAAUGAAAAUAAUGAUGGUUAUGACACUUUAUUUCUAGCUUAGUUUAGCCGUACUUUAAAGUUAGUUCUUGGAUGAUUAGGAGCCUGACAGUUGUAGCAAUUCCUCUUGUAAUCAUUGUUAAUUUUUUAAAAUGUUUUUAAGAGAUUUUCUGUCAUUAUUAAACAAACUUUUCAUAUUUUUCUCCAGAACUCCACAGACUGACUGCUAGUGUUGGUUACUGACAUUUAACGUACAAAUAUUCAAGUUUUAUACCUGCUGAACUUUUAGGCACAGGAUUAUGUCCAUGCUCUGUCACUUUAUAUUUAAAAAUACCAUGUAUUACUCAACCUUCUCACGUUUCAAAUGUUUUGAACUAUGAAUAUGUAAUAAAGUAAAUAUAGCACA